CCUCUCUGAUGACGCAAUCAGAGUGCGCCGGAUGUGUGAUUUCAGAGCCCCCACGUGUCUGCUGAGGAAGGGUGAUUGAAGACCGGUACGCGAGUAGUCAGGAUGUCCCAAGGACGAGGAGGCUUUAAUCGUGGAGGAGGUGGCGGAUGGGGUGACAGAGGAGGAGGACGCGGUGGAGGUGGCAGAGGGGGCUUUGGUGGAAGAGGCGGUGGCUUUGGUGGAAGAGGCGGUGGCUUUGGUGGAAGAGGCGGGGGCUUUGGUGGAGGACGUGGAGGUUUCGGUGGAGGACGUGGAGGUUUUAACAGAGGCUAUGACCAAGGACCACCAGAGAGUGUUGUCGAGGUUGGAGAGUUCGUGCAUCCUUGUGAAGACGAUGCUGUGUGUAAAUGUACAACAGAAGAAAACAAAGUGCCUUAUUUUAAUGCCCCCAUUUACCUUCAAAACAAAGAGCAGAUAGGAAAAGUGGAUGAAAUAUUUGGGCAGCUGAGAGACUUUUAUUUUUCUGUAAAACUAUCUGAUAACAUGAAAGCAUCAUCAUUUAAGAAAUUGCAAAAGUUUUAUAUAGACCCAGCAAAGCUACUGCCACUGCAGAGGUUCCUUCCUAGGCCACCUGGUGAAAAGGGUCCUCCACGUGGUCGUGGAGGAGGAAGAGGGGGUGGACGUGGCAGAGGUUUCAGAGGAGGUGGAGGAGGAAGAGGAGGAGGAUUCAGAGGUGGACGAGGCGGAUUUGGUGGAGGUGGUGGUGGAGGCUUCAGAGGAAGAGGCGGCGGAGGAGGACGUGGCUUCAGAGGAGGUCGGUAGAAUGUGCUUUGAAAUCCGGAGAUGGUUGGUGCCUUUUCGAAGCCUCAUUUGUGAAAAUAUCUUUGAAAAUGCAGCCUCUGUUUGUGUUUUUUAUAUUCAUGGUAAAAUCUUAACCACACAUCGUAAAGAUGAGAACCAUGGUGUCAUUAUCUCAAUGACUGUUAUCUCAGUGUGUGUACAUAGAGGGACAUUGUGGACCUAAAUCAGUAAUGUCAUUCUUUAACCCAGGGUUCGUUCUUGAAUUGAUGAUUCCGCUGAAUUUAUUUUUUUGGUUUUUAUAGAACUGAUUUUAUCAUUAUUCAUGUUUUUGCCGUACGCUAAACAGUAUAUGUAAAUAUGGGAACAUUGCAUUGCUCAAAGUUGCUAAGCCAAUAAAAUGUUUCUACUA